CCAAGUGUUUAAACACCCCUGACAGUAAAGAACCUUACAAAGUGCAUUCGUCAUCAGCUGUUGACAGCUGACUGACAACUCAUGCAACAAGAGGAAAACUAAAACCGAUUUCGUCCAACAAAUUCGGCUACUUUUGAUAGUGCCAAUCUUCAAGUUCAGUAAUCCUGAGAUGGCAGGUUACAAUGAAGAGCAGUUUUGGGCAAACCAAAACAGUCACUCGACAGCCUACGAUGGGUUUGGAGAUCAGUCACAAAAUUUUGAAUUUCAGUCAUUCGAUCAAAAUGCAAGCUUCUUCCCACCGAAUGCCUAUCCUUCGCCACAACAGCAGCAGGGCUAUGGACAGCCAUCGAUUUUCACUCCGGAGAUGUCUUCUGCCGGAAUGUCCCAGGGUUUUGGCGCUCCCAACGAUAUCCCCGGUACAGGACCAGGAGUUGAUCCGAGUGAGUUCGACGAACCUCCGCUGUUAGAUGAGCUUGAAAUUUAUCCGCAGCGAAUCAUGGACAAGUCACUGGCUGUGCUGAAUCCGUUCCACAAGCAAGGUCUGGUAGACAGUCCAGAGUACUUCUUCAAAGAAACGGAUCUUGCGGGACCGAUCGCCUUCUGUUUGACGUUGGCCGCCUGCUUGUUUGUGUCCGGAAGUAAGGCCCAGUUCGGUUACAUCUACGGUCUGUGUGUUAUUUCGGUGGUGGUGAUGUACGUCUUGAUCACAUUGAUGUGUAAUUCGACGGAGAAUUACGUGACGAUAACGGCCGUGGCAAGCAUCCUAGGUUAUAGCAUCCUGCCGAUCGUUUGGCUUUCGAUUGUGGGCGUUUUCUUUGCGUUGAAUUCUUCGUUCGGAAUCGUGUUGGCAGCCUGUGCCAUCUUCCUGGCGACGAUGAGCUGCAGUCGAAUUUUCUGCAUUAUGACCGGCGAUCCGCACCAGCGAUACCUGAUCGCUUAUCCGUGCGCAUUAGUUUACAUUAUCUUUACGCUUCUGGUGCUGUUCUGAAUGAACAAGCAUUGUAUAUUUCUUUUCGAUUAGUUGUACCCAGUUAAAGGAUCUAAUAAACGCAUUACAAUUAUUUUCGUAA